AUGGAGGACGACUUCGAGACGGGGGACAUGUUCAAGGACCCCGAGGGGUUCUACCCGGAGGAGAAACCCCCUACCUUUGCCGAGCAUCAGAUGCUCUCCGGCAAGACGGUGCGCGUGCGUCUCGUGGGCAGCCACCCGCUCUAUGGCAAUCUACUGUGGAAUGCUGGACGAACGAGUUCCCACUACAUCGAAGAGCGGACGGACGAGCUGAUCCGCGAUAAGGAUGUCCUCGAGAUUGGUGCCGCCGCGGGUGUGCCCAGUAUUGUGAGCGCCAUUCAAGGCGCUCGCACCGUCGUGAUGACCGACUACUACGAUCCAGACCUCGUCUCCAACAUGCAGUAUAAUGCCGAUCUGGCCAUUGAUAUGAUCCCCAAGCGAGCCGACUCUCAGAAGCGUCUACAUGUGGAGGGGUACAAAUGGGGCUACCCAGUCGAACCAUUGCUGGCAUACCUGCCUCCUCCCAAGAACGGGGAGUCUUCUGGAUUCGACGUGUUGAUCAUGGCGGAUGUAAUUUACAAUUACCCCGAGCAUGCGAACCUGGUCAAGACCAUGCAGCAGACCUUGAAGAGAACCCCCGAGGCCGUUGCAUUGGUGAUCUUCACACCCUAUGAGCCCUGGCUGCUCCCUCAAACCGAGAAGUUCUUUCCGCGGGCGGAAGAAGGUGGAUUCACCGUCACCAAGAUUUUCCAAAAGAUGAUGGACCAAGUGCUCUUUGAGGAUGACCCUGGUGAUGAGACCCUUCGAAAGACGGUCUUUGGAUAUGAGCUUCGCUGGAAGCCAGAUCAAUUGGAGAACAGUGCAUCUAAGACUGCUUAG